AUGAAAAUGGCGGCGAGUCAGGGAGGCGGAGGAGCCGUUACGCCUUUGCAAAGCCAGCACUACCCGAGUGGACCUCACUGGAGCCCGGGUGUGCCUCUGCAUCAGCACCAGCUCCACACGGCUCGAAGCCUGGAUCGCGCGCUGGAAGAUGCCGCGUGCUCAGGGAUGUUGAAUCUCAGCGGGAGGAAGCUGAGAGAUUACCCCGGCGCGAGCUAUGACCUUACGGAUACAACGCAGGCAGAUCUGUCAAAGAACAGGUUCACGGAGAUCCCCCCGGAGGUAUGCCUGUUUGCUCCACUGGAGUCCCUCAACCUGUAUCACAACUGCAUCAGAGCCAUUCCAGAGGCCAUUAUCAACCUGCAGAUGCUCACCUACCUGAACAUCAGCCGGAACCUCCUCUCCACGUUGCCAAAGUACUUGUUCGAUCUCCCGCUCAGAGUUCUGGUCCUCAGCAACAACAAGCUGGUCUCAGUCCCUGAGGAAAUCGGAAAGUGCAAAGACCUCAUGGAAUUAGAUAUCAGCUGCAAUGAAAUCCAGGUACUGCCCCCACAGGUUGGGAGGCUCCAUGCCUUACGGGAAUUGAACAUACGCAGGAACUGCCUGCAUGUUCUGCCUGAUGAGCUGGCAGACCUGCCUCUCAUCAGACUGGACUUCUCUUGCAACAAGAUCUCGGAGAUCCCUCCCGCUUUCCGGAGACUACAGCAUCUGCAGGUCAUCAUCCUUGACAACAACCCUAUGCAAUCACCCCCUGCGCAGAUCUGCCUAAAAGGAAAGGUACACAUAUUCAAGUACCUGAACUCCCAAGCAUGCAGGAUGGACAAGAAACCAGACUCGCUUGACCUGAGCAAACGCAGCAUCCCGCAGCCUCUGACAGACAGCAUGGAGGAUUUUUACCACAGUAAGAACCAUGGGCCUGACUCAGGAAUCGGGAGUGACAACGGGGAUAAGAGAUUAUCAACAACAGAGCCCUCCGAUGACGACACAGUCAGCCUCCACUCCCAGGUGUCAGAGACUGCACGGGACCCGGGCCGGGCCGAUGCCCACUCUCUGUUCACCAAGCUGGACUGCAGUAAAGAUCAGGAGGGGUUUGACUUCAUUGACCCCAGCACGGAGGAGGAGGCAGCCCUUUCAGAGGAAGAUAUGCAGCACGGCGCCCGCUAUGUCUCCUGUAUAAAGGAGCUUGAGAAAGUCCUGAGCAAGUCACACCAAAGCGAUGACAAGGAAAGUGGGAAAGAGGAGUCGGGCUCAGAGAAGGAGCAGCCAACAGAGGAAGAGGAAGAGGAAGAGGACGAGCUGAAGGAGGUCCUCGACUUGAGGAAGAUAGCCACCCAGCUGCUGCAGCAGGAGCAGCAGAACAGGUUCCUUAGUCAGUCGGGGAGCAGUGCAAACAGUAAGCAGAGAUCACCAUCUCAGAUUACCAGGAGUGCUUCUUUAGAGGAUAGAAUCCCUGGAGAGGAGGAGGCCUCCAGACAGCACUCCUCCAGCCCAGCCAACGGCUCCCUAACCACCGAGCCAACGGCCUCCGACCCACAGCAGCCUGAGGGACAGCAGGCGAUGCACCAGGGCGAGGACCGCAGGCGAAACAAGUACCUGCGCAAAGACUACCUGAAGUUUAAGUGUUUGACUGCUCGCAGGAGCCUCAGUGGAACAGAGUGUGAGGAAGGAGUGAGCUCUGCAGAUAUCAGCACGGCUUUAACAGUAUUCGGACUGAAGCCAAGAUCAGCAUUCUCCAGAGGAAGCCGGCAGGAGCACGGCGCAGCGGAUCCAGGGUUUACCAUCCGGAGGAAGAUGGAGCAUAUGAGGGAGGAGAUGGAGCAGAUUCAGCUGCUGCGGCAGAAUCUGGAGUCCAGGCUAAAGGUUCUACUUCCAGACGAUGUGGGAGGGGCCUUGAUGGAUGGGGUGGUCCUUUGCCAUCUGGCCAAUCACAUUCGCCCUCGCUCUGUGGCCAGCAUCCACGUCCCCUCCCCGGCAGUGCCUAAGCUGAGCAUGGCGAAAUGCCGCAGGAAUGUGGAGAACUUCCUUGAUGCCUGUAAGAAGCUCGGAGUGCCACAGGAUCGACUGUGCUUACCCCAUCACAUCUUAGAGGAGCGCGGCCUGGUCAAAGUGGGAAUGACCGUCCAGGCUCUGCUGGACCUGCCAACGUUGAGGCCGACACAGCUGUCUGCUGUGUAGCUCUCCCCCACCACUGCUGCAUAGCCCGUCCAACAGCCAGCCACCCACGCUGCUGACCCUGGAUUGGUGUGUCCACUGUGACCCGCCACUGCAAUAACCCAAAUAGUCUGCCCCACACUGCUGACCCCAGAUCAAUGUGCCCACUGUGAUCUGCCGCUCUGUACCCCCCCUCCCACCCCAAGAAAAUCUGCACAACAUUGCUGACCCCAAGUCAGUGUGUCUACUGUGACCUGCCACUACAUACACCCCACAGUCUGUCCCACACAGCUGACCCUGGAUCAAUGUGUCUACUCCAGUGUGCCCCUUGAUACCCCUCACAUGCGUCCACAGUCUCGAGUGCAACUCCUGACCCCAGAUCUGUCCAUCUCUCAUCUGUGUAUGGAGGGUGUGGAUACGGCUGGACCUUUGGCGAGCCGAUUGAGGUGGGAGAGUAAAACGCUCCUCAUGUAUGAAAUCAGGCCUGGACAGCCUCCUCCUGAACAUGUCCCAUCCAUUGACUCAAACCAAGGGGGGGUAUGUGGGCCAGUGGCUUUCACUUCAAACCUAAUUUCACUCUGUGACCUGGGAAACAAAGCAGCUGUUUCCUCAAAUAACACUGACCAGCGCAAGCUUUCAGAUGGCAGUCUGGACUAGCACUCAGAACGCCAUACUGGGG